CGUUUUAGCAGCUUACCCAGGAUGCUCGGCGUGUCGAUAGCAUUGAAGAAUGUGUGACAAUGGCAACAAAUACUACAGAGAUGAAUCCAAAUUUCGACUGUCCGUCAUGGGCAGGGAAGCCUCCAGCAGGGCUGCAUUUGGACGUGGUGAAAGGAGACAAACUUGUUGAGAAACUGAUCAUUGAUGAGAAGAAGUAUUAUUUGUUCGGGAGGAACCCAGACGUCUGUGACUUCACCAUCGACCAUCAGUCGUGCUCUCGCGUGCACGCGGCCCUCGUCUACCACCGCCAUUUAAAACGGGUGUUUCUCAUCGACCUCAACAGCACACAUGGUACGUUCCUGGGACACAUUCGCCUGGAGCCCCACAAGCCCCAGCAGGUUCCCAUUGACUCAACGAUGUCGUUUGGCGCAUCCACGCGCGUCUACACCAUUCGGGAGAAACCUCAGAGUCAGCCGGGCUCUGGCGUCGGCGAAAGUAAAACUGGGGACGACGAGGAGCUGAAGGGACUUCUGGGACUUCCAGAGGAAGAAACUGAACUGGAGAACCUGACCGAGUUCAACACCGCUCAUAACAAGCGCAUCUCCACCCUCACCAUAGAAGAGGGAAACCUGGAUAUUCAGAGGCCCAAGAGGAAGAGGAAGAGCUCCAGAGUGACCUUCAACGAAGAGGAUGAGGUCAUUAACCCAGAGGACAUCGACCCCUCUGUUGGGCGUUUCAGAAACAUGGUCUCAACAGCUGUCGUUCCUAUUAAGAGGAAGAAAACGGGCGGAAGUAACGCGCUGGGAGUGGAGGAAAGCGUAACGCGACACAUGCACGCGUUCCCCUUGCAAGGUGGACUCUACAGAGACCUCCCUCCUGCCAGUCACGAAGCUCCAUCCACAGGAGCUCCCAGCGGAGCCGCCAUCCUGGGAGGACUGCCGUUACCCCUGCCGAACCCUGCCCCGGACGUAGACCUGGCCCACGAGGCCCCGCCACCCCCGCUCAAGCUCAACCCCAACCCCACGCCUAUAACCGGCCCGUACGUAUCCGAGCUGCUCAACGAACCCCGCAAGAAGAAGUACGCUAAAGAAGCCUGGCCUGGCAAGAAGCCCACCCCGUCUCUGCUUAUUUAGGUAUGCCUCUUCUGUCCUCAUGAACUGUGUCUUCUACCGGACUACAAUGCGAGACGUUCAUAUGGACAGUUUUCAAGGAAUGAUUUUCCCAAAAAAUGAACAUUUGACUUGCACGUCAUUCCGGAUUGGUAUCGUAUUCUGUACCUGAUGGCAAAAGGUCUUCAUUUGCUCAAUUCACUUCGAUUUCAAAAUAGGUGCAUUUCACUCUGUCCCUCACAGUAGAUAAUCUAAUCUUGGCCUUAUAAAUCAUAAAACGGCUGUUUGGAUAUUGUGAUUUAGGACUUUUGUGCUUCACAGACAAACAACAACAACAACAACAGGGUUCGUAGUGACAUGUGGGCGAGUAAAUGACAGUUUGCAUUUUUGGUUGAACUUAAAAAGCCAAUAUAAGGAAACAAAAGUACAUCACUUGACCCAAAUAGCAAAAUGUGAUAUAAUUAGCUUGAGACUCACGGGGGUUUAUCUUUUAUAGUCUACUCUCUUUUUUUAUAUUACUAUUUAUGUAAAAUGUUUACAAGCACAGGCUUUUUUAUGUACUCGUUUUGGAACCGUUGGCCGUUUGGCCGAAACACUUCCAUUAGCAUCAUUAAUUCAGAUGAGAUUGAUCUUCCACAAACAUGGACUACGCUUUAAAACUGGUGAAAAUCGGCAUUACUGUAACACUUUUCCUCUUGUCAAGAUUCCUUGACCUUCCUCAGCUGUAUUAUUCCCUUUAAAGGAGUAGUUCACUUUUAAAAUAACUUUUGCUGAUAAUUUACUCACCCCAUGUCAUCCAAGAUGU